UAAUGUUAGGGAUGGACCUGGUCACCCAUCCCCCGGCACGCACAUCGACGCACGGAAUCGCAUCGGCAAAUCCAUUCCCGCAUAAAGAAACGCAUUUCCUCGAACUCCUUCCGGCCGACGGCGGCGAUGGCGGACCCCCAGCCCCUGAUACUCGUCGAGCGCCGCCCCGACGGCGUCGCCUCCGUCACCAUCAACCGCCCCAAGUCCCUGAACUCCCUCACCCGGCCGAUGAUGGUCGAACUCGCCGGGGCCUUCCGGAGCCUCGGCGCCGACGGGUCGGUGCGGGCCAUCGUGCUGUCCGGGUCGGGCCGCGCGUUCUGCUCCGGCGUGGACCUCACGGCGGCGGAGGAGGUGUUCAAGGGCGACGUCAAGGACGCGGAGAAGGACCUGGUGGCCCAGAUGGAGCGGUGCCCCAAGCCCAUCAUCGGCGCCAUCGGCGGGUUCGCGGUGACGGCCGGGUUCGAGAUCGCGCUCGCCUGCGACAUCCUGGUGGCCGCGAAGGGUGCCAAGUUCAUCGAUACCCAUGCCAGGUGAUCGAUUCGUUGACUUUCUCCCUGUUUUGCUUCGGGCAAUUGGCCAUCGCUUUCGGGUUCAUGCGAAUUGCUGUUGCCAACGUACGUAUGUCCAAGUUCCUGCCGAAUUUGUGUCUCGUAGAAGGAGGUCUGUCGUCAACUUGUCGGGUCGCGGCUAUCUUACCUCGGCGUCUUGGUUUGAUAGGAUCAGUGAUGAUGUGCUGAGCUCGCUAUGCUUGUUUUGUAAAAUCAUGGCGACAAGCCAAAAUUUGUCGCGAGUGGUUCGCAAAAUUCGUUGCCAAGAGCUUGGAUGGGGUUUUCUGUGGUUCCUUGAGAGACCAAUUUCUCUUCGUAGCUUGUCGCAUCGCAUCGAAGUUGCAUUUAUCGUAAUUGCUAUGCAAAGUGUAGCUCUCCGUAAAUUUAUCGUAA